CUUCACAACAUGGCUUUCAAUUUUGGGGCUCCCUCGGGCACCUCGGGCACCACUGCAGCCCCCGCGGCCCCCGCGGGUGGGUUUGGAGGAUUUGGAACAACAUCUACAACUGCAGGUUCUGCAUUCAGUUUUUCUGCCCCAGCUAACACAGGCACUACUGGACUUGGUGUUACUCAGAACAAAGGUUUUGGAUUUGGCACUGGCUUUGGCACAACAACAGGAACUAGUACUGGUUUAGGUACUGGUUUGGGAACUGGACUGGGAUUUGGAGGAUUUAAUACACAGCAGCAGCAGCAAACUACAUUAGGUGGUCUCUUCAGUCAGCCUACACAAGCUCCUACCCAGUCCAACCAACUGAUAAAUACUGCGAGUGCUCUUUCUGCUCCAACAUUAUUGGGAGAUGAGAGAGAUGCUAUAUUGGCAAAGUGGAAUCAACUUCAGGCCUUUUGGGGAACAGGAAAAGGAUAUUUCAACAAUAACAUUCCACCAGUGGAAUUCACACAAGAAAAUCCCUUUUGCCGAUUUAAGGCAGUAGGUUAUAGUUGUAUGCCCAAUAAUAAAGAUGAAGAUGGGCUAGUGGUUUUAGUUUUCAACAAAAAAGAAAUAGAUAUUCGAAGCCAGCAACAGCAGUUGGUAGAAUCAUUGCAUAAAGUUUUGGGAGGAAACCAGACCCUUACUGUAAAUGUGGAGGGUAUUAAAACAUUGCCAGAUGAUCAGACAGAAGUUGUCAUUUAUGUUGUUGAGCGUUCUCCAAAUGGUACUUCAAGAAGAGUUCCAGCUACAACACUAUAUGCUCAUUUUGAGCAAGCCAAUAUAAAAACACAAUUGCAGCAACUUGGUGUAACCCUCUCUAUGACUAGAACAGAACUUUCUCCUGCACAGAUCAAACAGCUUUUACAGAAUCCUCCAGCUGGUGUUGAUCCUAUUAUCUGGGAACAAGCCAAGGUGGAUAACCCUGAUUCUGAAAAGUUAAUUCCUGUACCGAUGGUUGGUUUCAAAGAAUUUCUCCGAAGACUGAAGGUUCAAGAUCAGAUGACUAAGCAGCAUCAGACCAGGUUAGAUAUCAUAUCUGAAGAUAUCAGUGAGCUACAAAAGAAUCAAACUACAACAAUGGCCAAAAUUGCACAAUACAAGAGGAAACUCAUGGAUCUUUCCCAUAGAACAUUACAGGUCCUAAUCAAACAGGAAAUUCAAAGGAAGAGUGGUUAUGCCAUCCAGGCUGAUGAAGAGCAGUUGCGAGUUCAGCUAGAUACAAUUCAGUGUGAACUAAAUGCACCUACUCAGUUCAAGGGCCGACUAAAUGAAUUGAUGUCCCAAAUAAGGAUGCAGAAUCAUUUCGGAGCAGUCAAAUCUGAAGAAAGAUAUUACAUAGAUGCAGAUCUGUUAAGAGAAAUCAAGCAGCAUUUGAAACAACAACAGGAAGGCCUUACCCACUCGAUUAGCAUCAUAAAAGAUGAUCUAGAAGAUAUAAAGUUGGUAGAACAUGGAUUGAAUGAAACCAUCCACAUCAGAGGUGGUGUCUUUAGUUGACAGUUCCCAAACUUGUUUUAGAGGUUUGUGAAAUCCAUCUUCUUACUGCAUCAGGCCUUUCUUAAGAGUGAAACCGACCACAUGGAGAAAAAGAAAAAACAAAAAAGUCCUUUCCUGGCUUGGUUUUUUAAGAAGGUUACUGACAAAUUACUGUUCAUCAAAUCUGAAAUAACAUAGUCACCUCACAGCUCUUCAAAGAUAACCUUUGAAAGAUUUAUAUCUAAACGCUGUAUUUACCU